GGUGGUAUCCAGAGAGCAAAGUUUCAAGCCUCGUUGUUUCUCUGCAGGUGCCGAAACCCUAACCCUAAGGUUUGUUAAUUGCCGAUCUGUUUUUGUCCCAUCGGUUCUUGAGUUGCCCUUUGGUUUAGGAGUUUCGUACUGGUAUUCGUUCAUUAUUCUUCCGUUCGGGUUACAGAAUUUCUUUUUUCGAAAGGUCUGUUUGAAGAUCAUUCUACUUAUUUGUUUGUGGGAAUGUCUCGGUGCUUUCCAUACCCUCCGCCUGGCUAUUCCCCCAAGAGAGACAAUAACGAGGCCUUGAUCGAAUCGAUUAAGGUUUGUUGAGCACUUGGCUUUUGCGUUUAUGCUAUGCUCGACUGGGAUUCUUAGAUUUGAUUGGACUCGAUCUUGAGAUAUCUUGUGAUCUUGAGAUAUCUUGUGUAUAUUGUGUAUGUACAUGUAAAGAGAUACCCAUCCAGUUACCCUUGAGAAAGACUUGUAAAGAGACGAAAGGUGUUAUAUGUAUGUACAAGACUGUUUGUCAAAAUAGAGAAGUAUGUUUAUAUAAAGGAUCCUGAAUUAUGUUUCUUGAUUUUUGGCUUCUUGAAUGUUUUAAGUUUAGGCACAGUGGAAGGCGUUUAACGACCUGGGCCGUGUGGAUGGAUUGUGUCUGGCAGGUUUAAUGGUUUUAAUCGUAUGAUUCUUGAGGCGUCUAAAUCAUUCUUGAUGGUUAUAUAGGGUAAAUAUUAGCUAUUUGAGGAACUCAUUGCCGUUGUUCAAUAAAAGACUAGAAAGGGUCGGGUUAAGGAUAUUGUUUGGAGUGAAAAUAUGUUGACGAGGGCCGUGGCUUUGUUAAUAGAACCAAUAAUGGGGAACUGGUUGCGGAGUACUGCACGUAGUUCUCGCUUAGUUAUUGGUGGUGUUAUUCCGAGUUUAGUAUUAAGAGACUGACAAUUAUGUAGAUGUUUCCCUUUGCAGGGGUGGACUAAUGGACUAGAUUUGAAUUCCUUUUCUUUGAUAUCUUUCAUUAUUGGGGCUUAUAUCCCUUGCUACUACAUGAUAGAUUUUAGAACUUUGUGGAGAAAUGUGGGAACAAUAGCAUGUUUUGCAGAAUAAUGUGACAUGCUAUUGAGUUCACUUUUGUGUUCUAUGUUGAAUGAAGCAUAAAAAGUAUUUGUUCAAUCGGAUUGCAAGUAUAUGGUCAGGAGUGGCCUGAAAAUUUGGUUUGUUUGCAUUACAGUCCUAGUUUUUAUGUACCUUUUCCUUGAUGGUGCCUUGGCACAAUUAUGAAGUUUUCCUAUUGUGGUCUUGGCAGUAGAUUUUCUUUAUAUUUUCCCUCACAUAGGUUUUAUUUCUAGUUACUUAUAGGACUUAUAAAAAAGUCUACCACUGAUGUGGUUCUUGUAUAGAUACAAAAUAAGAAGUUGGUCCUUAAAUAAAUCAAAAUUGAUCGUCAAACUAUAAGGUUUUUGGAGUUCUUUUGCUUUGAGUUGGGAAAACUUGGGAUCUUGAUGUUUUGCAACUGUUUUUAAUCUCUCUUAAACUGUUGUAUUAAAGUUUCAAUGCUCAUUGUUUUGUUAGGAUUAGAACUUUGGAGGAGUAAAAAGCUGUUCAAAAUCUUACUUUCACUAUUUUCUUAUGGAUUUUGAGGCAUGAUAGCUUGAGUUUACGGGUGCAGUUGCUGCUACAAACGAACCUUUUUCUUUUCUUUUUUUUUUUUUUGGGUGGAGGGUCUUUGUAGGAUAUUUUUUUCAAUUAUUUUGUCUUGGUUGGUUGGCUAAAAAAAUAGGUUGCAUUUUCAUGUUAUGGUUUCCUGAAGUCCAGAAAAAAAAAUUGGGACUGUUUCACAAGAAACCUGGUGUACUGCAAAUUUGUGUCCAAAAAAUAGUUUUCAAAAACAGUUAAGUCUACCAUUUUGAUCUCUUUUUGUUUGUGUUAAAGGGCAAAAAUAGUUUCUGGAAAUGAAGCUGAUUAAAGGAUUCAUAAAUUAUGUUUUCUUUCACUGCUCUGUUACUACACAAUUUAUUAAGUGGCCCCCAAGGAUCUCCCCCUUAUCUAGCAUGGUUAAUGCUUGCAUCUUGGUCCACCUUAGUCUUGUAUUCUAAAAUUGUUCUUCUGGUGCUUCUAAAGCUCCAGAAGGAAAGGGAGAAGUCCAAGUCAGAAAGGAAGGAGAGGAAGAGGGAGAAGAAAGAGAAGAAGAGGGAACACAGAGCAAUUGUUGAGCAGCAUGUUACCGAGUUUAAUCAUGGAAGGAAAAGGAAGCAUGAUGAUGAGAAGGCUUACAAAUCGGAUAAAGUUAAGGUGGAUUUGAAAGGUUAUUACAAGAGUACUGAAGAUGAAGCUGAAGAGGUGGAAAGGAGUGGCCUCACUGAAGAACAUGAGCAACCUGUUUGUUCGCAUAAUGCCUGUGACUCGUCUGACAGCACCAAGAAUUGCGAAAAAAGGAGGCAAGCCUCACCUGGGAGACGCAUUCAGGCUCAUGGGAACAUCCUAAGGAUUCGACUACCAUCACGAAAGUUCAAGGAACCUGAUGCAAAUGUUGGGGAUGAGAGGUCCUGCUCUACUUCUGGAAGGAUACACAAGGAACCCGAUCCAGCUGUUGGCUGCUCAACUUCUGGAAGGAAAGAGUUGAUGGGCAUGCAUGGUUUUGAAGUUGGUCCUGCUUGCUCUCGGCUGGAGUCCUGUUCAAUAUCCCUGAAGAGUCCUCCUUGUCAGCAGGAGUCCUGUUCAAAAUCCCUGAAGUUUAAUGCGUCUGGGCAGGGUUUCACUCCUGGAGUAGACGGAAAACAAAGUUCAGCUUCUGCCCCAUCAACUUCUUGUGGUACCUUUGCUCCAGAUGACGGGCGGACUACUCAGCCCACAACCGUUGACAAUAGGAUGAAGAAGAUUGAGUCACUUUACAAGAAUCUAGUAGGGAAUCUAGACCUUCCACCACUUGGUGAGGGCAUGCAAGCAAGUCAUGAUGAACUAGAGUGGCUGUGUCAGCGAACGCAACAAGAUAGGAAAAGAUCCAAAGCUAGCAAUAUGGCUCUAUCCGAUGGGAAACCAGUCUCAGCCUUUUGGCCGCGUGCCCAGUACUUAGCCGAGGCUGAUGUAUAUGCCUUGCCCUUUGCACUUCCGUUUUGAGUUGCAUGCUUGCUCUUAAGUGCUGCUAUAUGGUACUAGUUCCUUUUUUCCCCCCUCGUUUGGGUUGUGUCGUGAUAUGGAUUAGUGAAGUAAAGGUUCGUAUAUUUUUUAAGCAAUAGAAAGAUGUUGCCCGACCUUCAAUUA